AUAAAUCAUAACUAUGCGUCGAUGACUGUAUUGUCUUGGUUGGUGUUGGUUGGGGCCUUAGGGCCGUUGCGUGCUGACGACCCCAUACCAUUACACAUCGGCGGCACAUUUCCCAUGGAAGCUGGUUCCGGGGGAUGGGCUGGUGGUCAGGCUUGUCUACCCGCUGUACAAAUGGCGCUGGAAGAUGUGAACAACAGGCCGGAUGUUCUGCCUGGCUACGUCCUUCAUAUGAAUACAAGCAAUUCUAAGUGCCAGCCUGGUUUAGCUACACAGCAAUUAUAUGACUUACUCUAUACACCUCCAACCAAAUUAAUGCUCUUAGCCGGAUGUUCACCAGUAACUACUGUGAUAGCCGAGUCAGCACCAGUAUGGAAGCUUGUGGUGGUGAGUUAUUUGUUUCCUAUGGCGCCAGCUCACCUGCACUUUCAAAUAGGGAAAGAUUUCCGACAUUAUUUCGAACUCACCCUACUGCCAAUAUGCAAAAUCCUACGAGGUCAAUCAUUUGGAACUAGGAAGGAGCUCGGUCGAAGUAGGGGUAUUCGUGUUGAACGACAAAGCUUCUAUGGUGACCCCACAGACGCGAUGAAAACCCUCCGUCGACAAGAUGCUCGAGUUAUUGUUGGGCUUUUCUACGUUACUGAAGCCAGAAGAGUGCUUUGUCAGGCAUACCAUCACAAAUUAUACGGCCGUAAGUACACUUGGUUCUUUAUCGGAUGGUAUGCGGAUACAUGGUACAUUCCACCACCGGAUGAACAUCUGAAUUGUACCGCUGAACAGAUGGCUGAAGCGGCUCAGUAUCAUUUCACAACCGAAAGUGUGAUGUUAUCCCGGGACGAGAAUGCAACCAUAUCUGGGAUGACUGGUCGAGAAUUUCAAACUCGACUAACAGCCAUGCUUUCACCAGACUCGGAUCCGGCAAACACUGGUGGUUUUCCAGAAGCUCCCCUUGCUUACGAUGCUGGAAGAGUGAUGUUUUCGGAUUCUGGUGAUCGAAUAGCACGAACACAGAUCGAACAAAUGCAAAACGGUAAGUACGUAGUUAUGGGCUUCUACGAUACAACUACACAAGAAUUGGAAUGGUACGGGAAGGAGCAAUGGUAUUCGAGCAAAGGCCCACCACCGGAUUCGACAAUCAUCCGUGAAUCGAUCCUUACCGUUGCCAGUGAACUCUAUUAUGCUGUUGCCGUUUUUGCCUUUAUUGGUCUAGCUCUCGCAGCAGGGACUUUCAUCUUCAAUAACAAAUACGCGUUUCGGGGGAUAAUCGUUCAAUCGCAGCCACAAUGCAACAACAUUUUGAUUAGUGGCUGUUCUUUAUGUAUCGCUUCGUUAUUUCUCAUGGGUUUGCCUUCUGAAGGAAUUGCACUGCCUCAAUCAGCAUUUUCCAUACUGUGCCAUUCUCGAAUAUCUAUCUUGAUGAUUGGCUUCACUUUUGCAUACGGGUCGAUGUUUGCCAAGGUAUGGAUUGUGCAUCGAAUGAGCGCCAGCGAGAAUCAACAGCUAGCAAGUCGCCAAAAAGACGAGGAGGACGCAUCGCCAUGGGAGAGUAUCCGAACGCUGAUCGCGUCAGUCGUAGGACGACAGGCGUAUGUGGCUGCCGCACUUCGGAAAGCCUCCAAUAACGCAUACGGUACACUGGCCGUCUCCAGACGGAUCAACACUUUGAAUCAGGUCAUCACUCACCUAGCGCUCACGCAUGCUAGCAAUUCGUCGACGACACCCUCACCCAUUCCUCCUGGACGAUUCUACACGGUGAUAGCUGCAUUCUUUGUUAUAGACUUAGUCAUUAUUUUAUGUUGGAUUGUGUUCGAUCCGCUGCAGCGGAUAGAGCAGCGGUUUCCUUUACUGGAACCACCAGCGGGUAGUGAUGACGAUGUCAUGUUACUGCCAAUUUUGGAGCUGUGCCAAAGUUCACAUCAGGAAGUUUGGAUAGGUCUUGUACUUGGCUACAAGUGUCUGUUGUUAGUGUUUGGUUUGUUUCUGGCAUACGAGUCGCGAAAUCUCAAGCUACGCUAUGUGAACGACUCCCGCCUUGUUGGUCUUGCUAUCUACAAUGUGGCGAUACUCUCAUUAGUAACGGGUCCUGUCACAACACUUCUUAUCCGAAGCCAAGCAAACGCUAAUUUUGCGUUUGUCGCCGCAACGGUUCUUCUAUGUACCUAUAUAUCGUUAGGGCUUGUUUUCGUGCCGAAAAUGCGGUUUAUUUGCCGUGUUCCUCCGUCGGCCGAUGAGGUAUGUGAACAUGGUAUACCGAUGUUGUUCUCCUCUCAUAUGCACUUUAAAAGAAUUCGAUAA